CCCCAGCACACUUGAAAAUGCAAGAAACCAAACAAUCAGAUCACUCCUUUCUCAUCACAAUACUAUAGGAAGAGCAUCAUGAAGCUAAACACAUUCACAACUCUCCUCCUAUGCACCAGCUCCGUAUCCGCGGACUUCUUCACAGCCAAAUCCCGCGAUGUCGGCAACAACAUCGACCUAGGCCACUUACUCUCCAUCACCGAUUUCCACACCACAAUUGACCACAAUGGCACUUGGGAAGAUGUGACUGAGUACGAGACCUUCGACGAGGAAAAUGGAAACCAACAGGAACAAAGCCUCAACCCCUUCGCACCCGUGGCUACAGGCCUCGUCCGCCGCACAAACUACUGCAGCGAAAACACAGGAAUCACGAAGAUGGUGUGCGAUAACGUGCCUAGUCGGAAUUGGUUCUGGGGUGCGGGUGGUGCGUUGGCGAUUUGGUAUGCGCCGAAGGCUAUUACGACUUGGUUUAAUAAUGUCGGGGCUAUGAUCCAAGCUGGACGGAAUCUUAAGCAGAUCUAUUACAACAACGGCGGCCAUGAUGAGCUGAA